UGUUCUGUUCUUAACUGUUGCUGAAGACUUUACUUUCGUGUCGUCGACGAUUACUACUGGUGCUUCCUUUCUCGCUGGUGAUUCCCGUUUCUUCUGCCAUCCGUGUGUCUACUUGCCUGAGGAGAUCACAAUGGAUAUUGAUGUAAGCCGGUUGUUGAAGAAACCCAAGGGCAAGAAAAAGAAAACUAAUCCUGCUGUACCGAACCCCUCUGCUCCUGGUUUGGUUGCGGAGGUUUCUCCUGCUCCGAAUAUCCAUCAAGUGGAUGCUGCUAAAGAUUUGCUCGGAGCUGUGGGUCCAUCUAGCCCGGUUCAUACGGCGAAUGAUGAUCCUGAACGGAGGGAUUUCGUCUCUCCUUCGCACCCCGUGAUUCCGGACCGGGUUUCUAACUCUGAUGAGGCUAAUCAAGUGCUCCGACCCCACGAUAAGCAAGGUAUGGACGUGAUCCACAUUGAUUCUACUACCUUUACCGGGAAAUCGCAAAAAAGAAAAAGGAGUGGACCGAGUUAUGAUACUUCUAGUGCUUCUGAAAUUCCGGUCAUCACUCCUGCUUCUUUCUUCGAUUGGAUGUCGCUGUGUUGCUCAAAGAACAAACUUGCAGUGACCGUGGAGACCCUACCAGUGGCAGAUGAGAUUGCCCGGGUGACCACUCUCCCGGAUGACUUGGAGGGAUAUCAGAAACAUUCGCCGAGAUUGUAUGGUCGGAUGGUAUCUUCUCUUGGUUUGCAAGUUUCUCAAAUCGGCCACCUGGCGACCGAGGCUUAUGAGAAGUUGUAUGACGAUUGGUCGGCCUCUUCUGAGCAAUUGAAAAUUGAGAAAGACCGGUUGUCGGCAGCGGAGAAAGAUUUUGAUAAUCAAUCCCACCUGGUGAAGGAGCAAACUGAUCGGAUUAAGGUUCUGGAGGAACAGAAUGCAGCUGAUAGCAAGGAGAAAGGGCUGUUGCUUUCUAAGAUUUCGGAUUUCGAAGCUGAGAAGACUGCGCUGGUGGGAGAGUGCGAAGCCCGGAUCAAAGAUCUGACCAACCGAAAUGACAAGAUCACUGCCCGGCAAAAGGAAGAAAUACGUCUUCUGAGAGAAGAUGCUAAGGGUCAAGAGAAAACUUUGUCAGAUCGGUUAGCGGCGAGGGAUGAUGAGUGGAAGAAAAAGUUGUCCGAGAAGGAGGAGAAAAUGUAUGAAAACCUUCGACAGAUUUUGCGGGCUGGGCAAUACAAGGUGGAUGAUGCUGCGAAGAAACUUGGGGGCGACCAAGUGGAUUUGACACCCUUUGUUUUGGAUGUCAAGGAUCUGGUCGCCAUGGUCCCUACCUUGCCCCCAGAAGAUGAUGAAGAGGAUGAAGAAGAAGAUUUUAUCGUGACUCCUGAGGAACAUAAUGACCCGCCCUUGCUGUAGUUUAAUUUCUAGUGUAAUUUUGGUUUACAGAUUCGUACAUUUUAUUUUUUGGUGCUAGUAGCUCGGUACGUUACUCUAAUAUUCGAAUUCGUUUUUUGUUAUGUUGGAAUCCCGUGGUGGGAUCCUAAGUGGGAUUUUAUCCCGGUACAUUGUUUUAUGUUGGUUUUUGAUUUUUCCUGAUUUUUGCUUUGUCUUUGUGGAAUAUGUAUACGUGUUUUGUAUCGUAGUGGUUUUUCUUAA